UACAGCCUGUCAAAGUGCGGGGCUGUACAAAAAAAAAAGAAAGAAAAGAACAAAAAAAAAAGAAAAGAAAAAACUGAGAAGCGGAGAGGAAGAGGAACACGGCGAGCUUCUUCACUAAAACGUGUAAAAACCGGAUGUGCUUUUUCUCACAUGGAGAUAAACGUGAACGCGCUUCGAGUUGGAGGAAAAGUGUAGAGUGAUCAGGAUUGUCGUGAUCUCGCGCGCUCGGUGUGUGUGUGUGUGUGUGUGUGUGUGUGUGUGUGUGUGUGUGUGUGUGUGUGUUUAACUAUAGAUGAUUUAAUCUGGUUGGGGUUUGAAGAUCCCGGAGCGUCUCAGGGCGCAUGUUGAUUUUUUACCCCCCGUGAUUAGACUUCGGUUUCCACCUCCACCACCUCCUCCACCACCACCACCCCGAUGCUCCAGCAGCAGCCCUGAUGUGGGGGAAAAGUGCGGCAUGGCUGCAGGACGAGCUGGAGUCUGGGCUCAACUCUCUGCUCCUGCUCGACUGUCGGUCUCACGAGCUUUACGAGUCCUCACACAUCGAGUCCGCCAUCCAUCUCGCCAUCCCGGGCCUCAUGCUCCGCCGCCUGCGCAAAGGCAACCUGCCGAUCCGCUCCGUCAUCCCCAAUGACACGGACAAGGAGCGCUUCAUCCGCCGCUGCAAGAGCGACACCGUGCUGCUGUAUGACGAGAGCGGGGACAGCGGGGCGGCUGCUGCGGGCAGCGCGGGGUCCGUGCUGGGGCUCCUCAUGCACAGACUCCGGGAAGACGGCUGUAAGGCCUACUACCUGGAGGGAGGCUUUAAUAAGUUCCAGACGGAGUUCCCAGAACACUGCGAGACUAAUCUGGACUCGUCGUGUCCGAGCAGCUCUCCUCCCGUCUCGGUUCUGGGUCUGAGUGGAUUAAAGAUCAGCUCCGACGGAUCGGACGGUGAAUCGGACCGGGAGCCGAGCAGCGCCACCGAGUCGGAAGGCAGCCCGUUGCCUAGCAACCAGCCGGCGUUCCCGGUCCAGAUCCUGCCCUAUUUGUAUUUAGGCUGCGCUAAAGACUCCACCAACCUGGACGUCCUCGGAAAAUACAACAUCAAGUACAUUCUGAACGUGACGCCCAACCUGCCCAACAUGUUCGAGCAUGACGGAGAAUUCAAGUACAAGCAGAUUCCCAUCUCGGAUCACUGGAGCCAGAACCUGUCGCAGUUUUUCCCAGAGGCCAUUUCCUUCAUCGAUGAAGCUCGCUCUAAGAAGUGUGGUAUCCUGGUGCACUGCCUGGCGGGGAUUAGUCGCUCGGUCACGGUGACGGUGGCGUAUCUGAUGCAGAAACUCAACCUGAGUCUAAAUGAUGCUUACGACUUCGUCAAGCGCAAAAAAUCGAACAUCUCACCCAACUUUAACUUCAUGGGGCAGCUGCUGGACUUCGAGCGAACUCUAGGGUUAAACAGUCCGACCUGCGACAACCGAUCGCCCAAAGAGCAGCUGUUCUUCACCACACCCACCAAUCACAAUGUUUUCCAGCUCGAUACACUCGAGUCAACGUGAAAAACACCAAGACCAACAUUUUUGCCUCCAUGAGAAAGUUUUGAAAUGCAAUUAGGGCAGCGUUCAAUCGUAAAAUUUGCCCAGAAAUCGAUUGUGAAAGCAGAACCACAGAAACCCAGUGUUCACGUCACGGCAGCGUCUCGACUUUCUGUAAGACUGUUUACUUCUGGUGUUUUAUAAAACAAAGAGGAAACAAGAGACCAAAUGAAACCAGACAAAAGCAGCAGAAACUGAUUUGUCAUCAGGUUUUUACAACAACAACAAACUUCCUGUCCUGAUGGGUGCCAAUCUGGAAUUUUUUUAUUUUUUCAUUUACAUCUUUUUAAAAACAGGAUUUCGGGAAAGACAACUUGCUCGACUAAAUGUAGGGUUUGAGAUUUAAAAAACAAAUAUAACAAAAACAACAUGAAAAUGCCAUACGUCUGGACCAACAGCGAAAAAUCUGUAAAAAAAUUCCUGAUUGUAUCUGACCAAUGAGAACGGUGUGAGUUUUUUUAAUGGUUUGUUUUGACCUAAUGCGCUUUGCACAGAGGAAGUCUUUUACUCUCAUGGCACUUGAAACUGGUAAACAAACAAAAAGAGACAUUUUGAGGUCCUUAAGGUCGUUAACAAACGGCUCUUAACAAACUUCCUCGCUUCCUUCCUAAUGAACAUGUUUGUUUCUUUACUGACUCGUGCUCAGGCUCUUGUUAACAUUCAGUAUCAGAACCUGAUGUAUUGGAGCGUGUGCUGCUCGGCUCGGGGUGACGUUGCUGGUAAACGAGUGUUUAAGAGGUUUUUUUUACUUCUCUGGUCACUCCUGUGUUAACAGGACGGCAGAAAGUGUGUAGCGAGAGCGUUUCUGCAGGAAGAAACGUUGGAUGGGAGACAAAGGGACAUGGAUGAGUGGGUAGGAUUGCUUUACCGGCCUUAUAUAACCUUUUUUAAUUCUUUCUUAUUCUGACUGUUCAGUACUUAUUUGUAUCUCACUUUAGAAAUUGUCAUAAACUUAUUAAAAUCUAAGUGUUCAUUUGUAAAGGAAUCAAUAUGUAGUAAUAAUGACAGCUAAUGGUCUCUAACGGGUCAGUCCAGGUUGUGUUUGUUACUUCUGCAAUAUUAUCACACAAACUUUGCAGUAUUUUAUACAGUUGGGGAAAAAAACACCUCAGUUUUUAAUUCCUCUUUUCUACAAGUAUUUCACAAUUUCACACUAAAACCUACCGCCAAUUUCUCAGCCCACGUUCAGAACUGAGGGAACUUUUCAUCUCCGAGUUAAACAUGGCAUGUUCUGAUGAUCGUUUAGGAGAUCUAUUUCACCAUCGCUUGUUACGGAGAAGACGCCACAUUCAGACUUCUGUUUUCUCUAAAAAAAAAAAAAAAAGGGAAUCCCAUCAUUCUGUUGACUGACAGUCUGAAAACCACCGCAGCUCCGACUGACCAAUAUGAAUAAGAACACGUUUCAGCUAAUAGCUACAGAUUAUUUAGUAAAAGUUGUUGGCAUUAAAAAUUUCUUAAAUUCUGAUUGCUGAUACAACUCAAAACGUGACCAAACCUGCUAGCAUUAAUUAGCACAUUUGCUUGUUAUGAGUUAAAUAUGAUGAGAUUUUAAGAUGAAAAUUCACCAAAUCUUCAUCACACAGAACAAAUCCAUCAGCUCAUAGUCAACUGAUUUAUUUUUGUUUGUUUAGUAAACAGUUGCAUCUGGUUCUGUUUCGAAUCCCCACAAAUCUCAACAUUGUGCUCUAUGAUAUUCCUGUGGCCUUUCAAUGUAUUUGAAUAUAUCUAAUAUAUCUCUAUAUAAAUAUAAAUCUAUAUUUUAUGCAGAUAUGCAACAGUGUCCUCCUGAAUAAUUAGCGAGGAUGACCAGGAUUUCUCAUGCUUGAAACGACUUUUUAUCUGUUAGGAAGUUAGCAGCCAAUAAGAAAUAAGGAAAAAAAGAGACUCGAGACCGGCCGAUUUGGGAAAAUGUUCAUUUUAAUUUCUUUUAAAAGCCAUGUUAUUCCGCAUAAAAAAAAUUAAACCAAACAAAAGAGAUAAAAAACAGCUCAUGAACACAAGUGGAUUAAAAAAGUUCUGAUCUGUGAUCAAUAAUAAUGAGAGAAUUCCGACUCUCCUUUAUAUUAAAGUAUAAAUAUUUUUUAAAUCCAAACAUAAUCAACAAGGGAAAAAAGUAGAGAUUAGAAUUGAAACGAAAGUUAAAGUCAGUAAUAGCACAUGCUCGGUUCUUUCUCUUCUCAACUUUUAGCACAAAAGAAAUGAAGCAAAUUUUCCAAAAGAUCAGAAAAAUGUCUGCUGUCUUUCUCCAGUCUGAACUAAGAAUAGCUUUAAAGAUAGAACUAGGAACUAGCAUCAUGUGUAAAAAUGCUUACUCACUCAAUACUCUUCUAAUACAUGAGCUAGAGCUUUAGCAUGUUUACUGUACUGCUACUACAAACUAGCAUGGAAUAGACAUGCUAACACACAAGCUCAUACUGUGUACAUGAGGUUUUAGCUUGUGAAACAUUACAACUUAAUUAACAUUGCAGUAAAAAUGCUCACAUUGUAUACACAUUUAGAAAGCUUUAGCCUGUUUAACUAAAUGUUAUUUUGCCGCUAACUCAUUAGCCAGCAUCGUAGUGGACAUGCAAAUACCAAAACUAGCGCUAAAGCCAAUACCUUGUAUAUGAAGUGUUUGAACCAAGUACAACAGCAGCUUCAGCUUCCUGAUAAACGAAACCCUUUAAAUCAUCCAUUCUACUGUAACUUCAGCCCGAAUCCCCUGGCUUUCAUUUUUGAAGUAAAGGGUGAGGAUUAAAGCGGCGUAUCGUAUCGCUAACCCACCUCGGCCGACUCGAGUCCAGCAUGAGGAUUGGAGCUGAUUCCUGUACGAGCUUUGUGUUUAUUGUUGAAUUAUUUAAAUCUAAAUCCUUGAUUUCAAGCUGCUUCUCUGUUGAGGAAUGUUCGUGUCUCUGUAACAUGAAAUAUUUUUCAUCUGUAUUUUUGCCAGAAGCAUCGCAGAUUCUUCAGUUUCUGCGUAACAUUUAUUGUAGCUACAAAAACGAGAAGUUUGGAGAGAGGAAGAGUAAAACGAGUAAAUAACAAGGUGUGUAUCUUUACCUCACUGAGGACUUUUUCAGGGAUUUUUUGACAAUGCGUCUGCGUCGUGUUACAGCUUCACUAUUACCUGAUGAUCCGCUGUUUUUUUAUGUGCUGUAAACGUUUUUUUUUUUUAAAGAUGCAAUCUAUAUAAUGUGUAUAAUGUGGGCUGGUCAUGGGGCAGUGUGACCUUUUCUUGUUCUGAUUCAUGAAGGAUAUGAAAUUGUCCGUAUGUGUUGUACAGAUGUACGGAAAGCAACACGAGACAUGUUUAUACUGCAAAUAAAUAUUGAAUUAUUUUUUUGGUUAA